AUGAAAGGAACUGGAGGUUCGAAGGCUUGUGACCAUAUGCAAGCUGUCACUCUCCACGUAGACAUUAUGUCAAGCGGACACCAUGCAGAAGAUACUGCCACAUCAUUAUCAUAUAAAGCGGAAGAGAGCGUGACACGUCAGUCCAGUCACCUGGGGAUCCAUCAAAGCCUGCGUGUGAGACGCCCUAACGCAGACGCGACAAAAGUCCCACAGAUAUUCCACAAGAUCUUCAAGGAAGCAAAAGAAGAAGCAAGAGAAAAUUCAUCCAGCCCUACCACUAAAAACAACACUAACGAGCAAGCAGCUAAAGGGAGAGAGAUACUUUUGCUGAAGCAUCGUAGGAAUCAUCGAAGAUCAGAAAGGGCCCGAGAAAGUAAUAAAUUUGGCUCCAGAAAUUUCUGGCCAUUUGCAUUUUUAUGCAGAAAAGAUGUUGCAAAAGCUUGCUUCUAUAGCACCCUUGAUCUAAAAAGGCCUAAUAGCUACAAUAGUAGUCAGCUGCAUUGCAUACCCUCUAGGAAGAUGAAGCAAGAAGAGACUGCUGGUCGAGGACAAGGAAUGGGUAUUAGUAACAAAGUGGAUUCAGCUGCUGAAGGUGGUAAUAAAGUUCUACCAGUAAGUGGCACGACAUUGUCAUCCUCAGCCCGGACAAAUGAACAGUCUAGCACGUUGGAGAAGAAAGACAAAAUUAAAGGGGAUAAAAGCAAAGCCAUAUCGAGAAUGAAGGAACUAUUGAGAUGGACUGCUGCUGCAAAAUCAGAGAGAGGAGGAAAGUUUAUCAGCCGAAAGGUUCUACAGCUUAGAAGCCGAGCAACCCUUAAAGCAGUAACAGAUGAUGAUCAACUCAACAUUGAGUCUCCCAAAAUCAGUUUUGGAUGGGAAGUUGAAAGCUGCUCAACCCCUUCCUCUGCCUACUCAGCCAUUUCAAUGGCUUCUUCCAAGAAUAUUAAUCUCAACAUGUGGCCUAACUUGAUUAGAUAUAUGUUAUCACUUCGUGGUAGACCGGGAAUCGUGUUUGUAGCUGGACAUGUACAAAAGAGUAAGGCUUGA